ACAAUCUACUAGCAAAGGUUAUGCAGUGCCUGAACAUGAUCAUGGCAGAAUCACCAGGCCUCGUCACCAUUUGCCUUUUAGGAUAUCUACUCAGUGCUGAAUGUGCAGUUUUUCUUGAUCGUGAAAAUGCCAACAAAAUUCUGAGUCGGCCAAAGAGGUAUAAUUCAGGUAAAUUGGAAGAGUUUGUUCGAGGGAACCUUGAAAGAGAAUGUAUAGAAGAAAAGUGUAGUUUUGAAGAAGCACGAGAAGUUUUUGAAAACACUGAAAGAACAACUGAAUUUUGGAAGCAGUAUGUUGAUGGAGAUCAGUGUGAGUCCAAUCCAUGUUUAAAUGGUGGCAGUUGCAAGGAUGACAUUAAUUCCUAUGAAUGUUGGUGUCGACUUGGAUUUGAAGGAAAGAACUGUGAAUUAGAUGCAUCAUGCAGCAUUAAGAAUGGCAGAUGCAAGCAGUUUUGUAAAAAGAGUGCAGAUAACAAGGUGGUUUGUUCCUGUACUGAGGGAUACCGACUUGCAGAAAACAAAAAGUCCUGUGAACCAGCAGUGCCAUUUCCAUGUGGAAGAGUUUCUGUUUCACACGCUUCAACGCUCACCCGUGCUGAGACUAUUUUUUCCAAUAUGGACUACGAAAAUUCCACUGAAGUUGAAACAAUUUUGGAUAAUGUCACUGAAAGCACUCACUCACCUCAAGACUUCACUCGGGUUGUUGGUGGAGAAAACGCCAAACCAGGUCAAUUCCCUUGGCAGGUUAUUUUGAAUGGCAAAAUUGAUGCAUUCUGUGGAGGUUCCAUCGUUAAUGAAAAAUGGGUCGUAACUGCCGCCCACUGUAUUGUACCUCCUGUUAACAUUACAGUUGUUGCAGGUGAACAUGACAUUGAGAAGACGGAACCUACAGAGCAAAAGCGAAAUGUGAUUCGAGUUAUUCUUCACCACAGCUACAAUGCAACUGUUAAUAAGUACAGCCAUGACAUUGCCCUUCUGGAACUGGAUAAACCCUUAACACUAAACAGCUAUGUAACACCUAUUUGUAUUGCGGACAGGGAAUACACAAACAUCUUCCUCAAAUUUGGAUCUGGCUAUGUGAGUGGCUGGGGAAGAGUCUUCCACAGAGGGAGAUCAGCUUCAAUUCUUCAGUACCUUAGAGUUCCAUUUGUUGACCGAGCCACGUGCCUUCGGUCCACAAAGUUCACCAUCCAUAAUAACAUGUUCUGUGCUGGCUACCAUGAGGGAGGUAAAGAUUCAUGUCAAGGAGAUAGUGGGGGACCCCACGUUACUGAAGUGGAAGGGACCAAUUUCUUAACUGGAAUUAUUAGCUGGGGUGAAGAGUGUGCAAUGAAAGGCAAAUAUGGAAUAUAUACCAAGGUAUCUCGGUAUACCAACUGGAUUAAGGAAAAAACAAAGCUCCCUUAAAGAAGAAUGUAUUUCCAAGGUUGAUUCAUUGGGACUGACAAUGGACAGGGCCUUUUACUAACUAAUCACUUUCCCAUGUCUUGCUAGAUUUGAAUAUAUACAUUCUAUAAAUAGUGCUUUUUCUCUUCACAGCAGAGAAUUUCAUCUAGAACUCAUGUUUUCUAGCGUAAAUAGAUUAUAAAAUGGAAUCACUAGAGAAAUAUAAUAUGGUAGGAAAUCAUGACCAUUCCUAUGGGCCCAACCCUUGACAAAAUUGUGAAUUUAAGUUCUCCACUUUGCCCAUCAGGUACUGCGGUUCUCCACAGUGGCAACACACCUGAUUCUUCUCUUUCGAAGCAUUCCAUGUUCCAGAUCUUCCUUGCCUCUCCCACCAAAAUAUCAAUAGUUAUUAGUUCUGUAUGCAGGAUCUUUAGUCCAUCACAAGGCCAGCACCACUUUCAUAAAGGAAGAACACAAGAGCAGCUAAUAGGUUAAAACUCAUCAAAAAGGGAGGGGGGCAAGGGCAACAUACGUAACCUAAACAUCUGUACCCCCAUAAUAUGCUGAAAUUUAAAAAAAAAACUCAUUAAAAGCACUUCUUUUCCUAUACCCUUAUUCCUGAGUCCUUUAUCUUUUCCAACUCCCAAUCCCCAAAUCAGUUUUUCUCUUUCUCAUCCGCUCUCUCCCCUUUUCCCUCCACAGUUAUUAAAGGAGGGAAAGGGAGCGUCACGUUUUACUCUUGUACACAGUUAUACAUGUCUAUCAAACCCAGACUUACUUUCAGUUUGGUCUCAGACUUGCUUUUCAGAACAUGGGGAUGAAGUAAAGUGCCUGAAGAAUUUGGGGAGAAGUUCCUUUCAGAGAGUUAAGUUAGUGAGUUAUAUAUGUGUGUUAGGAAGACAUUUCACAUUUCAUAAAAUGUAAUAUAUGUGUUUCAAUUAAGAAAUCUGACAUUGAUCCAGAUAUAUUGUCCCCUGUCUGAAAAAAAUAAUGCUAACAGAAAGGACAGUUUGCAACCUAGAACUAGUAGAAUCUUCAAGGAGGAGUUCAACAGGGUGUCUCCAGCAUUGUCCAGGGCCAAGUAAAAAGUUGCCUAGACCAGAGGCCAUGAGCAUCAUGUCUCCUUGACCAGCAUACCUCUGCAGGGGAGAAGGGUGCAGUCAACUCAAGGACAUGAGUCAUUCUGAUCAGCCAACUUAAAUCUCCGUUUUCUGGUUUCAUGCUCAAUGAGGAACCUUUUGAAUAUAAUUAAUCCUUCUAUCUUGAAUUUUCUAGAGGGUUGCUGACCAACCAACAUAUGUCUCCCUUCUUGAAUUAAUAAACUGGUGUCCUGGUUCAUGCUUUGGCUUCUUGUGAAUUUGGGCGAUGUGAAUCAGUCACCCUGCAUUUGAUGGUGCACGGGACUGCUGAAAAAAAUCAUGUUUUGGACCACUUUGACCCCACCAAGCUGCACUUUCCCCUGCCCCC